AUGGCGACUUCAAUUGCUCGCGUACGGGCUGUAGCGAAGCUCCCGGGGCAACUCCGGACAUUCAGCUCUACUCCUAGAGUUGCUUCUGCAACGGGGGGAGUAAAGCGAUUGGGUGUUAUCGGUGCUGGACAGAUGGGACUCGGCAUCGCCCUUGUGGCUGCUCAGAGGGCACAAGUCCCAGUGACGCUUGUCGAUGCAAACAAGGCGGCCCUGGACAAGGGUAUUGCGUUCGCGGAAAAGCUUCUCGCAAAGGACGUUUCCAAGUCCAGAAUCACACAGGAGCAGGCCGACAAGGCCCGGUCCCUCCUAUCGCCAGCCUCUUCGAUUGACGAGCUGUCGGAUGUGGACUUUGUCAUUGAGGCCGUUCCUGAAAUCCCCAAGCUCAAGUUUGACAUCUUUUCCAAGCUGGCUCAGGUUUGCCCGAAGCAUGCCAUCUUGGCCACAAACACUUCAUCCAUUUCCAUCACCCGUAUUGCAGCUUCCACCACACAAGACCCGACAGACACCUCCGCGAGCUCCCGCGUCGUCUCUACCCACUUCAUGAACCCCGUCCCGAUCCAGAAGGGCGUCGAGAUCAUCAGCGGUCUGCAGACCAGCCAGGAGACGCUGGACAAGGCCGUCGCGUUCUGCAAGGCCAUGGGCAAAGUCACCUCCGUCUCCGCUGACUCCCCCGGGUUCCUCGCGAACCGUAUCCUCAUGCCCUACAUCAACGAAGCCGUCAUUUGCUUGGAGACCGGCGUCGGCGACAAGGAGUCAAUCGAUGCCAUCAUGAAGAAUGGCACCAAUGUCCCCAUGGGCCCGCUACAACUUGCCGACUUCAUCGGUCUAGACACCUGCCUCGCCAUCAUGAAGGUUCUUCACGAGGAGACUGGUGACUCAAAGUACCGGCCGAGUGUGUUGCUUCGCAAGAUGGUCGAUGCUGGUUGGAUGGGAAAGAAGAGCGGAAAGGGAUUCUAUGACUACUAA